AAAAAACCAGAUUUUCCUGAAAGGUGCCAUUCAUAUUAUGUCAGUCAGUAUCCUAGGAAUGUCUUGCAUUCUGUUAGUUUUCUUUCUCAUUGGGUGGACCCCUUUAAAGUUCUGUGUUGCUUUAGUUUGGCUUCUGUGGAAACUUUGUUCACCUCUUAUCGGAAUGAUCAUACAGGCACAGAUGAGCUGACUUGUAACGCUGGAAGUUACUCAAAAGUGUGUUUUAAAAGAAAGAACUGUGGAGUACGUGAUUGACUGAAAAGAUUUGACGCAAAAUUAUGAGACUGUUUGCAGUUUGCAGUUACCUCUCAAGACAACAUCGUGCACCCAGAGCUAGAAAAUGGAGAUCCAGAAUCGCUUUGGGCUCUGCAAUACUUUUCAUCUAUCUCUUCUACUGUUCAUCUCAAUGGUUUGUAUUGUCCAACGUACAGGUGACCAAAAGGGCAGACUCAACAAAUCGCAUCCUCACGCCUGUUAAUGGAUCGAAAAUGUUAUUACUGAAUGCAUAUUACGAACAUCGUGCCUGGAAUUCCAGUGUUCGAUUCAUCACCAUUGCAUGGCGUUCAGAGAAGGUCGACUACAACUGCAUCUUCAGCUGCAAUAAAGGACUUGUGUCCUCUCCAGCCAAGUUGACGGCGCACAAGACGCACUUUUGGUUCCCGUACGUGACCGCAGAUUUGCUGUGUGAAAUCCCUCCAGGUUGUUCACGACGUCGCGCUGCUCUGACCCCAGUUGGCGCGAGCAUGGUGAACCUAACCUUCCUUCAGGUUCACAACCUUCAGUACCGGCAGUCCAAUUUCCCAGUAGAAUUUACUGUCUGUCACUCUACAAUGUUCAAUAAAUACAACAACGUCUUGCAGUUUGUGCAAGCCAUGGAAAUGUACCAAAUUUUGGGAGCCAAACGAGUGGUCCUGUACAAAACCAGCUGCAGUCCAGACAUGGAAGAAGUGCUGCGUUACUACAGUGACAUCGGACUUCUGGAGAUCGUUCCCUGGCAUAUAGACAAAUAUAUCAAAGUCUCAUCCAGCUGGAUUUCUUCAGAAUCACCUGGGGACCUACACUACAACGGCCAAAUCCCGGCACUCAACGACUGCAUAUACAGAAACAUGUAUCGGACUAAAUACCUGUUCAUGCAGGACCCUGAUGAGAUUAUUGUCCCUCUGAAGAACGUCACCUGGCAUGAAAUGUUCAGCACUCUUGAUGAGAAAUACGGUAGCGAUGUCAGCUACUACUUCGAGAACAAUGUCUUCCCCACCCAGGAGUUUGAAGAAAGCGGAAAGUUCAAUUUGUCACAGUGGGCGGGGAUCCCUGGAUUUAAUUUUCUGCAGCACGUUCUGCGAGAGCCCAUUCCGAAAAGACACUUCACAACCGGGAAGCUUGUAGUGAAUCCUCGGAGGAUAUUUGAAAUUGGCGUACACACUAUAAAGCGUCAGUCUCAUCGGACUGUGGAAGUGCCUUAUGAUUUAGGGAGAUUGUUUCACAUAAGACGCCGCAAAAACACUAAUCUGAAAAAGAAAGACUUGGUGAUGGAUAAGACUCUGUGGAGGUAUGCCCCAGAGAUUAUUCGCAGUGUCACUGAUGCUCUAAGCAAAAUGGACCUUCCUUCUCAAAGGCAAAAGCCUACCUUACGCUUUUAGACAGUGUGUCCCAGGGUCGCAACAAAGAUGCUUCCCAAAGUCACAAACUGCUUAUCUAUUUUAAAAAGUAGGCAGAAGACAGAGUGGUGUCCCUUCCUCCCCUUGAAAGAAUAGGGUUUCCGCACUUUAUACUAAAGCAGCAUCAAUGGAGUUAUAUUCAAAUUUUUCUCGGCGUUUGAAAAUCAAUUGAUCAGAAUUAUUGUAUCGGAUGUUUGUUGUCAUAGGUUGCAGCCAAGUGUAUUUUAUGGUUUUGGGUUUAGCUUUUUUUAAAAUAAUAAAUGUAUUGGAUUCCUUUUGAGCUUUGCGUUUGUCUUUUGGCACAAGGGACUCAACCAGCUACCAGCUGUUUCAAAACAUAGCUUGAGCUGAUCAAACCAUGUCGAGCUUGGAGCUGGUCUGAACUGGUCAACCAGCUACCAGCUGUUUCAAAACAUAGCUUGAGCUGAUCAAACCAUGUCUAGCUGGGAGCUGGUCUGAAUCAGCGAACCAGGCAAACCACGUUGAGCUGGGAUGGACUAGAACCUAGCUUGUGCUGUUUUUUUUUCAGCAGGGGAUGACAGAAACAGGAUCAACAAGCUGAAGACAGAGGCAUGUUCUGUUGGCUUGAUAUCAGAUCGCUGGAGGCUUCUCCAUUAAAGUUAAAGCAGGCUAAGCCUGUAAUGUUUUAUGAAGUAUGGUAAUUAGUGGUCAGUGAGCCUCUGGUUAUGCCUGAUUGUUCCACUGAGAGACUAAAGAGGUAUCCAUCUUCCACCAGCUCUCACAUUGUUAAGCACACACUUGUAACUCUGGUAGGUCAAGAUUAUACGGGUGGCCUGUAGCCCCUGGGGGCCCCUGGGGGAAUUGCCUCCUGCUUAGUCUAAUCUAUAUGUCGCUCUGGAUAAGAGGGUGUGCCAAAUGCCAUUAAUUUAAUGGAAUGUAAUGAAAUGUAAUUAUAUACUUGAUAUUGUCUGGUUCAUUAUUGUCUCUGACAAUACAAUGCACUCUCUGUUCGGGAUUGUGAAAUAGCUACAAUGAGUUCCCCUGUCAGGAUUAAUAAAGAAAUAAAUCAAUCAUAAA